CCAAAGGAACGCACAUACAGUUAAACGUUUGUUUCUCACCGGAGCGUUUUAAGCACAGGACUGUCAACAAUGAAUAUGGCGCCGCUCGCUACUUAACUAGUCGACGUUACAAAUGGAAGGUGACAGCCCCUGUUGCUGAUUAAGAAGAUAAUCAGAGCUGCAGGAGGCUGAACGCUGAGCUGAAGUCAUGGUGCUGAAGAUCUUCUUCCCGCAGUGCUGUAACCGGGCGGACAGCGGUCUGCUGGUCGGCCGCUGGAUCUCCGGCCAUGACUCUGCUGUGGUGUUGGCUGUCAUCCACUACCCGUUCAUCCCCGGACAGGUCAAACAGUACAUCCAGCAGAUGCAGGCCAAGAGUGGGGUGGAACUGUCAGUGCUGGGCUCAUGGAGUUUACCAAAGGAAGGUCAGGAGGGAAUGGAGAGCUUCCUCAGAGACCUCAGCACCAUCUUCCCCCAGAAACGCUGGCUUCAGAUCCACCGUGAGGUCGGCAAGAUGGGCUUUACCUGCCAGGUCCUCAACCGGGAUCAGAAUGGAAAAGUGGUUCAGCAAGAGACUAAGAAGAAGAGUAAGAAUGUUGAGGAGGAGGAUGGGGAGGCUGGAGGUGAUAAAGAAGAGCAGGAGGGGGAGGAAAAGAUCAUCUUUGUCCACUAUGAGCAGAGGAAGGUGAUGCUGUCACAGCUUCACCCCAUCCAGAACGGAGUUCCUGACCCCAAAACUGAUCCACCAUCUGAGCUGAGACAGAUGUUCCAGACGGUGGCAAACAGCCAGCCUCUCUUCUUCAUGGACAGAUACGACGACGGGCCGCUGAAGUCGACACACUGGCAGUCUGAAGGUCGAGAGGCCAGCAUCAUCGUGGAGCUGCUCAAACAGGCCUUCAUACCGCUCUGCCUGCUCAUCAGCUGGCUGCUCUCCAUAUGGACCUGGAUCUGUAACAUCCGGAUCUUCAGUCUUUACCCUCUGCGCUGGCUGUCCAGUAAGCUGUCGACCUGCGUCCAGCUCAGCUACAGAACCGAACACAUGAGGACGAUCAGCUCAGCAAAACCGGCCGCCGGACACACACAGUUCAUGAGGAAAGCAAACAUCCUGGUGUCGUUCCUGGUCGAUGUGGCUCUCGGCAUGUUGCUCAUCUCGUGGCUCUACAGAGACAACCACAUCACCAUGUUGGCCAACACACUGGUGCCUGCAGCUGAUCAUGUGGCUAAAGAGCUGGAUGAACUGCUGCAGUGGCUGAUGGGAGCUCCUGCAGGGCUGAAAAUGAAUCGAGCCCUGGAUCAGGUCCUGGGCCGCUUCUUCCUCUACCACAUUCACCUCUGGAUCAGCUACAUCCACCUCAUGUCUCCCUUCAUCGAGGGGAUCUUGUGGUACGGCGGCCUGUCAGCCUGCCUGGGUCUGACCUUUGCCCUCUCGCUGCUCUCUGACAUGGUCGCCUUACUCACCUUCCACAUCUACUGCUUCUACGUCUACGGAGCCAGGCUGUACUGUCUGAAGAUCUACGGCCUCUCGUCUCUCUGGAGGCUCUUCAGAGGGAAGAAGUGGAACGUCCUGCGGCAGAGGGUGGACUCCUGCUCCUACGACCUGGACCAGCUCUUCAUUGGCACGCUGCUGUUCACCGUCCUGCUGUUCCUGCUGCCCACCACAGCUCUCUACUACCUGGUCUUCACUCUGUUGCGGCUGGUGGUGGUUCUGUUCCAGGGCGUCCUCCACCUCAGUGUGGACUUUAUGAACUCCUUCCCUCUGUUCGCCGUGGGCCUCCGCAUCUUUCGGCCCUACAGACUUGCAGAGGGAGUGAAGUUCAGGGUGCUGUGUGAGGAGCCUGGGACGGCCCUUCACCUGCUGAUGGAGAUUAACCCUCUGAAGUUCAGCACAGUGGUCCAGAUGUAUCGCACUCCGACCUACAGCUGUUACCCCAAAGACUCGUGGGCUGCCCUCAUCAAGAAGCUGUUUGUCGGGGAGCUGAUUUACCCCUGGAGACACAAAACCAUCAAGACUGAGUGAGAGACGCCAUACAGAGAAAGAAAGUAAAAGAUGAGGGAGCGGAGGAAAGGGAAGUGACUGAAUAAAUAAUGAGAUGGAAACAGACAGAUGGAGGGAAAGAGGGGAAAUGGGAAACAAGAGUGAAUUCAGAGUUAAGACCUUUUGAGUUGCGCUGCUUUCAUGUGAGAUGAAUGAAGAGCGUCACAGGAUGUUUUAACAUGACUGAAGCUGAUCACUUGUUUUCUGAAGAACAAAAAUGAGACAGUGUUAAAGAGCACAACGAACACGUCAGUCUUAAACGUAAACCAGCAAGUAGUCAUGUCCCGCUGUUAUAAGAACUGUGAUCACAAAAUGAUGUCAGAGCGCGAUGAAAUCGUUUUAUCGAGGAAAUCACAUGAAAGUCUAAAAGGUGACGUGAGCUGUAAAUAACUUGUACUCGUCAUGUUUCUCACGAGGAAACGACACCAGAGGACCAAAACAGUUCUUCUACACGGUGAAAUUAUUUUACUGACCUUGUUUCUCUCCUACAUGUCAGUGAAAUCUUCACUCAUGUACUGUAGUUCACACACUGGACAUUUAAAGGUACAGUUCACCCAAAAAUGGAAAUUCAGUCAUUAUCUCUUCUCCCUCAGGCUGAUGGAAAGUCUAUUGUCUGACUUUCCAGCAUUGCAGCAUCCUCCUAAGCAGCUGAAGUAGAUGGGGACUUGUUUUAAAAUGUAAAAACCAACUCAAAAAAACAUAAAACAUGAAAAUGCUCAGUAUAGUGUCCGGUGUAAAGUCUCAGGAAGCCCUGAGAUCUAAAAUUAAUUUGAAAAUAUGUUAAUUAGACCCUUUUUUAAGCUGCAAAGCUUAAAGUGUUUCCAUGCACGAGCUCAACCACAUGUCAGAGGGUCCAGAUAAACUCUGUCGAUCGUCUUUUUGGUUGUUGUUGUUGUUUUUUUUUUAAAACAAGUAUCUUUCCUAUUUUACACUCCAUGUGCUUUUCUGUAGCAACACCUCAACAUGACUCUUUUCUUAAAUUAGCGACGCACUGACACUGAAAAUUGACCCUGACCUUGAAAUUAGUCAUUCAAGGAAGAUGUUAACUCAAGGCCGACUCCAUCGCUUUUAAAGCCCGGGUUCAUUAACAAAAGGGCAGAAUUCCAAUAAAAAUCAUAUAUUUAUGUAUUAACUGCACUGACCUUGUGGAUGAUCUCUUAGAUUUUAUAUUAUGAAAGCAAGAGUCUACUGCCAUUGAUACUAACUGGACAAAUUUAUGUAUUUUAAGCUUAAUUAUUAAAUGAUUUAGUGUUUAUUUUAGGUUCUUUUAUUGCCAUAUUUCCUUCACUAACUGGAACUAUUUGACUCUGACAGUCUGUUACAGAAGUAAGACUGAUGUUACUCAGGGUCAGUUUGUCAGCAUUUGUCUUCUGUUUUCUCUAAUUGUGAUUAAUGUGCUUAAUUGUGUUCUUUAUAAUUAAAGGUUGUACUUAAAUUCUUUGUAACGAUCAACUUGAACCAGCUCUUAUUUGAAAAAGCAGUCCACACGUUUGGGGAUUUGUCUUGUUGUCUGUCUUCAGAACACAAAACCUGAUCCCCAAAAUUUCAGAUUGUGUCUUUAAUGUGAAUCGUUUGUGUUUUAUUUAACCUAAAUCUUUCCCCCGUGCAUCAGUUAAUCAUUUCUAACAGUGAAACUGGUAAAUUUGUGUUCUUGUUUUUGUUAACCUGUUAAUUUAACAUGCCUCAUUUAGCUGUUCUGAAUGUUCCUUUGUAAUAAAAUUAAUCCAUAUUUAAUACA